UCUCCUCAUUGGCUGCGGAUGGUCGAUGCAAUCAGGUGGAGUCGUGCGUCCUGCUCAGCGAAGCUCAAAACCCCCGUGCGCUGCCGCCGCUGCAGGUAACCGACUGCUGGACUCGGGCUGAUCUGCUGGAAGGAUGGCGCACGCUCACAGAACCACCGCCGCAAUCUCGCACGUCUUCAGGGGAACCUUUAUCCACUCGACGCAGAAAACGGCCGUGCAGAUUCUGGAAGACGCGCUCCUGGGAGUGAACGCGGAGGGAAAGAUCGCAUUCAUUGGAACAGGUGUCGAUCUGCACAAGCUUGCUCAGGCGUUUGGAUUCAGUCCCUCUGAGGUGACGCAACUGACACAACAUGAAUUCUUCAUGCCAGGAAUGGUGGACACCCACAUCCAUGCAUCCCAGUACAGCUACGCAGGUACGGCCCUGGACCUGCCCCUGCUGCAGUGGCUCAAUACCUACACCUUCCCUGUGGAGUCCCGCUUCAAGGAUUUGGACUUUGCCAACCGGGUCUACACCCGAGUAGUGAAAAGGACCUUGAGAAACGGAACAACCACUGCAUGUUACUUUGCUACCAUACACAGCGACGCCUCACUUCUGCUGGGUCAGAUUGCAAAUGACUUUGGACAGCGUGCCUUGGUGGGUAAGGUGUGCAUGGACAGGAACGAGGGUGUGAAACACUACAAAGAGACCAUCCAGGAGUCGCAGGAGGAAACCUCUCGGUUCAUUGCAGAGCUUUUAAACAAAAAGUACCCCCUUGUGAAGCCGAUAGUGACUCCUCGCUUUGCACUAUCCUGCACGGGAGCCUUGCUCGGACAGCUGGGAGCGAUCGCUAAGAACAACAACCUGCACAUUCAGAGUCAUAUCAGUGAAAACGUUGAGGAGGUGAACCUUGUAAAGGAGCUGUUUCCUGAAUCAGAGUCGUACACGGACGUCUAUCACAGACACAACCUGCUCACAGACAAAACAGUGAUGGCCCAUGGCUGCUACCUCAGUGAUAAAGAGUUGGAUCUAUUCAGAGAGACGGGAGCCUCUGUGUCUCACUGCCCCAAUUCCAACAUUGCAUUGUGCAGUGGUUUGUUAGAUGUCCGCAACGUCCUGAACCACAAAGUCAAGCUGGGGCUGGGAACAGACGUGGCGGGGGGGUACUCAGCCUCUAUGCUGGAUGCUGUGAGGAGAACCUUGGACACAUCCAAAGUCUUGACCAUCCAGGACCCGGAGUACAACACACUCACCUUUGAGGAGGUGUUCAGACUGGCCACACUAGGCGGCAGCCAAGCCUUGUCCUUAGAUGACCAAACAGGGAAUUUUGAGGUUGGCAAAGAUUUCGAUGCCCUUAGGGUGAACGUAGCUGCUCCUGGUGCACCUAUCGACCUGAUCCAGUGUGAAGAGCCAAAGAUUCUGUUGGAAAAGUUCUUGAAUUUGGGUGACGACCGUAACAUAGUGGAGGUGUUUGUGGCCGGGAGGAUGGUGGUACCUUUCACAGAGCCAGUGGAGUAAAGCUUUUGGAUUCUCUGCACAUUUCAAUCUGUCUCGCAGCUUAAGACACUCUGAAAGUUGUGAUAUACUGUAUGCAGCAAAGGCACGAUCAACUGAAACUACAUAUGGAUGCAAACUGGUGUACUUUGUAUUUUAUCUGUAAAGACGAAUAAGUCAAAAAGGAAACAGGGAAUAAGGGAUUUAUCAAGUGCACUUUUACUGUUAGUUAUUAAAGAGAUAGUUAGUUAGUUGCUCAUUUUUGCAUAAUGAAAUACAUUUUUAGGUUCUCUUUGUUUAUGUUAACACCAUUGUACACUAACACUUUUUACAUAGACACAUUAUAACUGACAAAGAUCAAACUAAUGGGGAUUUAAGCCUGUGUAGAGUAUAAACAACUACAUAUUUCACUGAUUCAUUGAUUGAAUAAAGUGAAGAAACUAACUAACUAAGUGAUAUUAGCGUUGGACUAAUAUAGACUGCAAUGAUUACUUCCUGUGGGUUCAUGGUCCCAUUUUCAUUCUAGUGUAGCUAGAAAAUGUAUUAUUAUAUAACUGGGAUUGCCUUGAUUUGAAAUGUCAGAGCUGAUUCAGUUGUUUUUUCACUGCACACUCCAGUCAAAUGCAUCCACGAGUGUUUAAAAAGACACAGUACUAGAUUGUGUUAUUUGCUGCGCCCGUUGUCACUUUACGAUUUGUCGGUCUGCUCCGUGCAUGAACUGAAACUAGAAUCGUAUCUAACAUUUAACACAUUUCUGAUUUGGUCAUAUCUACAUCCUGAGUUGACCUUAGGGAAAAGAGAAACGAGCCUGGUUUGUUAUUGUGAGCGUCACAACUAUAGUUUUUUAUACUAACGUUAUAUUUACAUAUUAAUUCUAAUGGUUUAACAACUGUUAUGGAAAAUUCCUCUGACCAGUGUCUAAGGUUGUGGAAAUCCCCUGACUAGGUGUCUCACUGCUGUGACCUUGGCAACCAGCGAGUUUGCUACAGCGGACACAGCAGAUAGACACAAAGGAGGAUUUCAUAUCUUUUUUCAUAUUACGUUUUAUGAAGCACCUCUUUGUAUUAGUUCUGGCAUGUCUUUUUUUUUCAUAUUUUGUGUUAUGUAAAGCCUCUUUGUAUAAGUUCUGGCUUUUGUGAACCUGCGGCCAGUUAUUCCAUUUUGAGCACCCGUGCUUGUUGUGUAAACUCUGCAGAGCUUACUAUUAUAAAGACUAAAUGGCAACUCCAGUCUGAGAAUUUCAUUAUUCCAAAUCUCAAGAUGAAUUACACCACUGAGAUGAUUUUAAGGACCACCCAUAUUAAAUACAAUUAAUAUUUAUAUUCCUCACUGUCUUAUAAUUGUCAGGAAAUCAAGGGAAAUGAAAUGCACACACUGCUGAGUAUGUUUUUGUCUUGAUAAAUGAGGAUGUAUUUAAUACAAGUUUCCUUUUUUUUACUGAAAUAUCACUAAUUAUUUUAUUAUCAGAAAAUAUUACUGAGACAGAUCUGCAAAUUGUAUAUGUUAAAGAUUAUCUUCAUGCGUCACAUCAUGGGGGGUUGAAAUAAAGAAUACCAACAAGUCUA